AUGAACCAACCUCAACCUUUAAUACCUCAAAACGCUGGUAUCCCUCUAAAUUCAUCUUUUACUGCUGAACAAAAAUAUGAAAUUUUAACUAAAGGUACUACAGACUUGUUCGAUUGUGCACAAGAAACAGAGAAUCGGACAGCUCCUCAAUUUCCGACCGAUAUUCUUUCUGGAUCACCUUUUC